AUGGUAGUAUAUCAGAACAGCAAAGGAAGGAAGGAAGAGAGGGGGGAAAAAGAGGCGGAAGGAGAGCGGUCGGUCGACGGAGGGAGGCGACAAUUGGCGGAGAGGGCGGCAGUUGGACGGGGUCGUGAGAAUGAGCAGCAGGCGGAGGGUGGUACUCAACGGAGGUCAUUAAGAGAGGCAUUGAGCAUGGUUAUGGAAUGUGCUAUAAAAGAAGGGGGUUUUAGGGGGAUUCAAUUGCCUAACAUGGGUCCUCUUAUUUCCCAUUUUUGUUAUGCGGAUGACGUGAUCUUUCUUUGGGAAUGGGACGAAGAAAAUGUGAAAAAUUUUAAUCGGAUUCUUAGAUGUUUUUCUUUGAGUUCGGGUCUUAAGAUAAAUUUGGCUAAAAGUAGUGUUGUUGGGGUUGGGGUGAAGGAAGAUGAGGUUUUGAAUUUGGCUACCAUCCUUAAGUGUAAGUCGGGAAGGUUGCCUUUUAUGUAUCUUGGAGUGCCCAUCGAAGAAAAUAUGAAAAUGGUUAAACCAUGGAGACCAGUGAUAAAGAUGAUUAAAAGCAUUAGAGGAGAUUUCGUGUGGGGAAAGAACAGGGGUAAUUGCAAGAUCAGGUGGGUGGCUUGGAAAAAAGUCAUUGCUCCUAAAGCUAUGGGUGGUGUGGAUAUCGGCGGUUUGCGGGAAUCAAAUCUAGCUCGUCUCUCUAAAUGGAGGUGGAAAUUUUCAGGAGAACAAGGAUGA